UUAAAGGAAAUAAAAUUAAAAUAUUUAUCAAAAUUUCCAUAACUAAAAUCAAUAACAUAUCCGAUAAAAUUCUAAAAUAAAUACAUAAUAACUACUCAAUUUGAUCAAAUCAAAAGAAAGCAAUAAUAGACUAUACUUGCUAUUUUGAGAAUUGUCAGAGUUAAUGAUUAUGAAAAGCACAAGCCAUCGGGGAGUGACUGGUCCAAAAAUGUUGAGGGGCGGUUGGAUUCUUGUGUAUUCUCUUUCAAUUAAUUCUCUCCAUUCGUUUUUAUUUUUGACUUUCAAUAUAAUCAAGAAAAAAUUUAAAUAUUUAUUUUUCAAAAGUAAAGACGACCAAGACGCGUAACUACUUGGAGGAAACAAUUAUGGGACCGGGGAGGAGAAAGAAAACAAAAAAAAAAAGUCCCUAGUACUACCAUUUAGUACCAAGGGAUUUAAGGGAAUCCAAAGUUUAGAUUGAAAAGAAAGAAGACUAAGGGUGAGAUUGGUAAAGAAAACUAUUUAGUAACCUUUUUUCUAGUGUUUGGUAAGUAGAAAUAUUGUAACUAAUAGAGUAGUAUUUACAUAUAAUCUUAGUCCAUUUAGGAUGGAAUGUCAUUUACGAAACUUACUUGUUAUCCUAGUCAUUUGAAAACAAAAAGGGCUGGAAUUAUACUGAAUAAUUGGUCCCAGUUUGAGCAAAAUCCUUACGGAAGUGCAAGCACCAGAGAGUUGUUAAUUCAAAUCUGAAUACCAAUACUCCAUAGCCAUUGUUUUUAUGAGCUAGCAACAUGAAGUCUACUAGUGUCUUGUUGUUUGUAUUCUUGCUGUACUUCAAAUGUGAUUCUAGGGACAUGAUAACUUCAAGGAACAUAUUAUCAAACAAAAGGAAAACUCUAGUGUCAGCUGGACAGAUAUUCGAGCUGGGACUCUUCAACAAACGAUCUAAAGAUGGAGAAAUAAGAAAUUAUGUUGGCAUAUGGUACCAGGAGAGUCCAGAAACUAUUGUGUGGGUUGCCAAUAGGGACAAACCAAUUCCCAUAUCAGGAGAAAUUUUGGCUAUUGACAUUGAUGUUGAUGGUAAUCUCAAAGUGUUGGAUUCAACAAGCAACUCUUAUUUUUCAACAGGACUUGUUAGUGCAUCUUCUUUUAAGCGUACAGCAAAGCUCUAUGACUCAGGAAAUUUGGUUUUAAUUGAUGAUUUGUCAGGGAAGAGAUUGUGGCAAAGUUUUAACAACCCCACUGACACUUUCCUUCCUGGUAUGAACAUGAACAAUGCAUUCAAGUUGAGUGCUUGGAGUGAUACAAAAAAGGAUCCCAGCACUGGAAAUUACACGUUUCAGCAAAGUACAGGAAGAAAAUUUGAGUACACCAUACUAUUCCAAGAUACAACCCUUCGCUGGAAAGGCUCUGCUCCACCUGCUUAUGCCAAACCCUUUAGUUUCAGUGAACUUCCAUCCUUGGUGGUGUCAAUGUUAAACAAUUUCAGUGAUAACACUAAUACUUUGGCGUCAGACUUUAAUUACACUAGGCUCGUAAUGAAUUCCUCAGGGGAAAUACAAUUAUAUGGCUGGUUUAGCGAGAGUCGAGGGUGGUUUCAGAUGUGGUCAGAACCACAAGGUCCAUGCGAGGUGCAGGACAUUUGUGGGAACUUUGGAAUUUGCAACAGUGGGCUUAUGUCUCGGUGCAAGUGUUUGCCAGGAUUUGACCCUAUUUCUCCAGAUGAAUGGACGGUUGGGACUUAUACUGAUGGUUGUUCAAGAAAGUCAGUUAGUAUUUGCAACAAGAAGUCAGAAUUCGACACAUUCUUAAAUUUGCACUUAAUGAAAUUUGAGGAGCCAGACAUGCCGUAUGUGGAGGCUAAAAGCGAAGAAGAUUGCAGAAAAGGGUGUCUAAGAAACUGUAAGUGCCUAGCAUAUUCAUACUUUGAACAACCUAUAGCAGAGAGAGACACUUCUAGCAUGGAAACUGUACCUAGUUGCCAGAUUUGGACGAAAGAUCUCAACAAUCUUCAGGAGAACUAUACUGGUGGCCACAAUCUCUCUGUCCGUGUAACAGUUACUGAUAUUGGAGCAAUAACAAGGAGAAAUUGCAAGCCUUGCGGCUCAAACAUUAUACCUUAUCCAUUGAGCAGUCAACCAAAUUGUGGGGAUCCUUUGUAUUAUAGUUUCUCUUGUGAUGAUUUAACUGGAGAAGUACAUUUCCGGACACUGAAGGGCUCAUAUCCUGUCAUUGACAUAAAUAAGGAAAACAGAACAUUCGUAAUACAAGUGCGUGCAGAAAAUGCUGGUAAUUCAUGUGAUACCAAAACUCAAAUUUUAUGGCUCAAUCAGUCAUUGCCCUUUCAUCGUAUAGACCGGUGUGAUGAAGGAAAAUCACAAAACCUCAGUCCUGGUGGAUUAAGAAAUGGAAUACACAUCAUGUGGAAACCACCACCAGAACCUACAUGCAAAACUUCUGCAGAUUGUGGGGAUUGGCCAACUUCAAGUUGCAACAUCAGGGAGGGACAAGGUCAGAGAAGGUGUCUAUGUAAUAAAUACUACAAAUGGGAUGAUUUAGCAUUAAAUUGUACCAGAGUUUCGUUUGGUUCAGAGCAUGCAGGACAAAGAGGAUGGAGUGGAGAGAAGGCAACAUCCUUGAAUCUCAAAGUCCUGAUUAUUUCUGUCAGUCUAGCUGCUGGAACUAUAACCAUUUGCUAUGUAAUUUACCAUAGAAAAAAGGUGGCAAGAAGGAAAGCCAAGAAAAUAAGUUUGGGGAAUGGGAUAGAGUAUUUGUCCGAGUGUGGAGGUUCAUCUAAAUAUUUGGUAACGGAAGAUGAUAAGAAACGGAUAGAUCUCCCAUUUUUCAACUUGGAAAGCAUACUAGUCGCUACUGACAACUUCUCAGACGCAAACAGGCUUGGUCAAGGUGGAUUUGGCCCUGUUUACAAGGGUAAGUUCCCUCAAGGACAAGAAAUGGCAGUUAAGAGGUUGUCAAGUCAUUCUAGUCAAGGUGCUGAAGAAUUUAAAAAUGAAGUAAUGUUAAUUGCCAAACUCCAACACAGAAAUCUAGUGAGACUUUUGGGCUACUGCAUCGAGGAGAACGAAAAGAUCUUAUUAUAUGAACAUAUGCCCAACAAAAGCUUAGACACCCAUAUAUUUAAUCAUAGCGUACACCCAUUGUUGGAUUGGAAUAUCCGCUUCAAAAUUAUAUUGGGCAUUGCUCGUGGACUUCUUUAUCUACACCACGACUCCAGAUUACGUAUCAUUCAUAGAGAUCUAAAAACGAGCAAUAUUCUAUUAGACGAAGAGAUGAAUGCCAAAAUAUCAGAUUUUGGCUUGGCCAGGAAUGUUGAAGGCAGAAAUAUUGAUGCUAAGACGCAAAAGGUCGCCGGAACUUACGGCUAUCUUGCACCAGAAUAUGCAUUGGAAGGACUUUUUUCAAUCAAGUCUGAUGUUUUUGCUUUUGGUGUGGUUGUACUGGAAAUCAUUAGUGGAACCAAAAACUUGGAUGUUCUUGAAGACUCAAACCUCUUGGGUCAUGUUGCAACAAAAGACAUGAAAAUUGAAUAUUCAAACACAGAAAUGGUCCUAUAUAUAUAGGAUUAAAGAUGAAAAUAAAGACAAAAGAAUCAAAAUAAAGGAAGAGCAGGUAGGUACAUGAGAAUGUGUGAAGAAAAUGAAGAAGCUGCUGACAGCCGCAGCCCAUAAAGGCAUGUGUAUCUUCUUCGAUUCAAAGUCUGUUGCCAAUUAUUGUAUCCAAAUUUAACCCCCCACAACAGUUGCCACUCUGUUUCUUCUCUUUUUUUUAAUCGGACUAAAAUAUAAUCAUUAAAGUUUGAUUAAAUCUGAAUUCACGCUAAAAAGUCUCAUAUUAGAAAUAAAGAAUUUUUCAAUAAUGACAACUUAUAUUCACUCGAAAACUCUAAUUAAAAAUUUUAAAAAACUACUUAUAAAUCCACAAGAACCUUCGUUGGUGACGCUUUGUCAACAAAGCCUCCCCACUUAUAUAUCCAAAUCGAUCUAGUAGCAAACCAAUAAAGUAACUAAGCCCGAUGCCCAAUUUCAAAAGUUGGUUAUCUGAAUUUUCAUUCUACGUAUUGUGUGUAAAGUAAAUUGUUCUCGUCGAGGAUUUUUAAUAUUAGACAUUGUUGAGUGUUAUAUUUUGAAGGAGACAAGUUAAAAGAGAUACUUCUAGAUUAAUAUAAAUUAUCGUAUUAUAUUUAAAUCUCUUUAAAAAAAAUAAGAUAUUUGCACCUUUUUUCUGAGUAUCUUUUUAUUUUUAUUUUAUUUCAAUCGUAAUUUAUUAUUUUUAUGAUAUAUUACAUCAAUGUGAACACCCCAUAUGAGUGGUGUUGGGUACAGAGGUGUGAGGUUGGGACUACUGAGUACUAAUCCAUAAUCCAAUAUUCCAAUCCAAGCAAAGUCAGGCUCCAAUUCCGACUUCAAAUUGAACAAUCAUUCAUUCACAUAUUUUAUUUAUUUUUCAUUCAUUACGUGCAAAAUAUAAAUCUUAUUAAUUCAAAAGUUUUAUAAAUCUAAAAUUUCAUAAACUUAUUCAUCAGAUUUAUGUGUUAAAUGUCAUGUUUAAACAAUUUUAAUGAAUGAAAACUAAUUAUCUUGAUAUAAAUUUAAAUUAAUCAAACACGUUAGAAUUUAUUAAGUAGAGUAAGGUAGAUAGAUUGCAUCAUGUUAAUGUCAAAAUAUUAUAAUAUUGUAGCAACUUUUUACCAAAAGAUUACAUAAAUUAUUAUUAUUAAUUUAAAGAAAAAUGAAACAUUCCAAUGACACAAGUGGAUUUUCAAGUGAUUCAUUUCCAUUUGUCGGUGCCCAAAUAUUUUCUCCAUUUCCAUCUCUCUCAUCCAUUUUCCGGAUCCGAUCACCCAAUUCGGAUCUCACCCUUCCCGGUGACUUACCCGUUUUCCUCACCGAUGGACUCCUCCCUAAACCCGACCCGUAUCCUCCAUUCUCCGUCCUCAUCGCCGGUGACCUCGAUCUCCUACCGGAACAUUCCCCAUUAUCCUUCCUUUGUACCCGAGAUUCCCUUCCGGAUCCGGAUCUCACUCGACCCGGAGACGGAUCGGAUCUUCUCGCCGGCGAGUUUCCAACACUUCUCUGAAAGGAACCGUUCCGGUACUUCGCCGGUGACCGCUGCCGGACUUCGUUAACGUCAUCUUCAACUGCAUAUCGCUUUUCUGUAACCAUUGCUGCCUCACUGAGAGUACUGCUACAGAUCUCGGAUAAUUCUUCGGAAACAUCAUCUGGGUGGUUGAAAUCAGGGGUAAUGGGUUUCUUCCUAAUGUGAUUUUUAUGGUAUUUUUCUUCCAUUGAAUUGGAA